AUGGCACGACCUUCUUCUUUGGAUGCCGGUUCCAGCGUAAACUCAUUAGCUGAGAAGAAAAGCAGUUCUAAUCUUCGUAGCUCGGUCAAGGAUACGAACAACAAUAAACGUGAUCCAGCUCAUAGUACUCAAGCGCUUUUCUUAUUGGCAGAGAAUUUGGCUGAGUUGGUGGAUUCUGUUUGUAAAAGUGAUGACAAAGAGCGACUUUUGCCGACGCUCCACGCUGUCUGGGGAAAUGUUGUUCCUUAUUUGAAAGCAAAAAAUUAUAUGCGUCCCGUUUGGAAGAAAACUACGCUUGAACUCCUUCUUGAUUCAUGUGAGCAGUCACUUAUUCAAAUUCAAAUUGUCAGACUUGUCGUCAUCGUUGGAACCUACAUCAUUCGAUAUCGCUAA